AUGGCCAUUGUUUUUCGCUAUGUGGACAACAGAAGUUGUGUUAUUGAGCGUUUUAUCGGGGUUGUGCAUGUUAAGAAUACUUCUGCAAAGUCUUUGAAAAUUGCAAUAGAUGCUUUUUUUGUAAAGCAUGGAUUGAGUUUGACAAGUUUACGGGGGCAAGGUUACGAUGGAGCAAGCAAUAUGAGAGGUAACUCUUUUGUUGCAUUUAACAAAGAUAGAUUACUUGAAUUUGCAAAGUUCUAUCCUUCCGAUUUUCCUCAACACGAUAUUUGGUUGCUCGAUGAUCAACUUGAAAACUAUUAUGAGGAUGUUAGCACCAAUGCCAAUUUCACUCAUGUCGAAGGGAUUGCCGACCUUGCUAAAAAAAUGGUUGAGUUUAAGAAGGAUGUUGCUUACAACAAAGUUUUCUUGCUUAUUAAAUUAGCAUUGGUUUUGCCUGUGGCUAUUGCAACAGUUGAAAGGGUGUUCUCUACAAUGAAUCUUGUGAAAAAUAGUUUGCGUAAUCGAAUGGGAGACGACUGGAUGAACAAUUGCUUGGUGGUUUACAUUGAAAAGGAAGUUUUUGCUACAAUUGAAAAUGAAGAUAUCAUUGAACACUUUCAAAAUAUAUCGAAGCGGAAAAUCGUGUUAAAUUGA